CCGCCUUCCGGCCGUCCGAGCUGCCCGCUCUGCGGGCUCCAUGGCGGCCGCCGGCGCGGGGUUGGCCGAGCUGGGCUUCGCCGAGGCGGCGCCGGCGUGGCGGCUGCGCAGCGAGCAGUUCCCCAGCAAAGUGGGCGGGCGGCCGGCGUGGCUCGGCGCGGCCGGGCUGCCGGGGCCUGCGGAAAUGUCCUGCGUGCUGUGCGGCCGCCCGCUGGCCUUCGUGCUGCAGCUGUACGCGCCGCUGCCCGGCCGCGCCGACGCCUUCCACCGCGGCCUCUUCCUCUUCUGCUGCCGCGCGCCGCCGUGUUGCGCCGGCCUCCGCGUUUUCAGAAAUCAGCUACCCAGGAAAAAUGACUUUUACUCCUAUGAGCCGCCUUCUGAGGAUCCUCCUCCCGAGACAGGAGAAUCCAUGUGCCUCCAGCUCAAGUCUGGUGCUCAUCUCUGCAGGGUUUGUGGCUGUUUAGGCCCCAAAACGUGCUCCAGAUGUCACAGGGCACAUUACUGCAGUAAGGAGCAUCAGACUCUAGACUGGAGACUGGGACAUAAGCAAGCUUGUACACAAUCAGAUAAUUUGGACACUACAGUUCCAGACCACAACUUCCUUUUUCCAGAAUUUGAAAUUGUAAUAGAAACAGAAGAUGAGAUUACACCUCAAACUGUGGAAAAAGAAGAUGAAUCAGAGAUUAGAGGGAGCAUGGAUGAAGCACCUGAGGAAGAAUUGGAUUCCAUGGCAAAACAUGAAUCCAGGGAAGAUAACGUUUUCCAGAAGUUUAAAACUAAAAUAGCCCUUGAACCAGAACAGAUUCUCAGAUACGGCAGAGGGAUUGCCCCCAUCUGGAUCUCUGCUGAAAAUAUUCCUCAGGAAAAGGAUAUUCCAGAUUGCCCCUGUGGUGCCAAGAGAAUAUUUGAAUUCCAGGUCAUGCCUCAGCUGCUCAACUACCUAAAGGCCGACAGACUGGGCAGGAGCGUUGAUUGGGGUGUCCUGGCCAUCUUCACGUGUGCUGAAAGCUGUAGGCUGGGCACUGGCUACACAGAGGAGUUUGUUUGGAAGCAAGAUGUAACAGAUAGACCUUAAAGGCAACAUAAAGCCUUAAAAAUGCUCACAAUCUCUUAGACCUUGCAAUUCCAUUUCUAGACUUUAUCCUAAGGAAAUAAUUAUACCAGAGAUAGAGGUACAAAGAUGUUGUUUUAGGCAUUAAAAUGUCUAAACAUUAGUGGAAAAAAAAUUACCAGUGACAGGGAAUUAAAUAAAUCUUGGU